UGUUGAUUUAUUAAUAACACUUAAGUAAAAAAAUCAUUCGCAUUCCUCAAAGACGCAAUGAUGUCAGUGCAAUGUUGUCAGUUUGAAACAAUCCUUACUGUCGUUCCCCGCUGUCUUUCUCCGUUUAUGUAGCUUGGUAAGCGUCUGGCAAUUGGUUGAGCUGGAGAAGGAGAAAUUCUGCUGCUGUAACUACUUUACUGCAUCAGACGCUGGAAGAAGUUGUUGUUCCGAUGCUUUCUCUCAACAUCUGUUUCAUCGAACAUCACUAUUCGCGAACAUCAUUUUUCGCCCCUCCGAAAAAUGUAAAACACGCCCUGCCGGUAGUUUCAUUCCCUGGCCGUUAAUACAUGUUAACUAACCUUGCAAAAUUAACCAUUUGACCUCUUUCACCCAAUUAGUGAUGGGCUUGUUUCAGUGACAGAGGACCCUGUCGGAUUUGCACAAACUGGCAAAAUUACACGAUUGUAGACCAGCUUCUUCCAGACAGGCGAGCAAAUGGUGAGACAAUGCAAGCUCGCAUGUAAUCAUUGAAUCUUUUCAAUGUGUAAAAGAGCAGACCGUGCGAAAUCUGCACGAUUCUCUGCGAUUGUUUUAUUUAAAUGAGACGUUCAAUGUGUGACAGGACUGUUAGAAUAGAACAGCUGAAAUUAUUUACAGUGCAGGUUGUUUAGAACGAAAAGUGACAGUAUCAUCCAAUCCAGCGGCGUUCCAAUGUAAAUAAAACGCCCCUCCCCAGCUAGAGUUCCUAACUGACGCCAGUGCUUCUCUCUCUCUCUCUUCUGCUGUGCGGUGUGGGAGCAGUUUGCUCAGUUUCUCCAUUCAUUCCCUGCGAAUCGCUUUAUACCAUUUACAGAGAGGCGUGAGCCAGCGGGUGUUCACAGUUCCAUAUUUGCCUGUCACAUUGCUGGGUGCGGGCAGAUUGGAGAGCAGUGAAGGACUAUGCUGGCUACCUGAUCUUUGGAAACCUCUCGCCUGUCACUUUCAGUUCUGUCCAUCAUGUUGGGACGCCGAAAGGAUGACUUCUUUAAAACCUGGCAAACUUUGUUUCUUGUUGGUUGUCCCUUGUGUCUGGAUGACAAGCGGGAGACGUCCCAAGACCAGGAGGAAUUUGCUGAUCGCCGCAGCCUGUUUGCUUUACGCCUUCGUUGUGAUGCAAGGCAAUGUAUUAUUCCAGGUCCGGAUCUUUGACUAUGAGGACAAUAGGGAGGCCGAGCCCGUUAGUCGGCUCCCCCGCACCCUUCGAGCCGGCGAAAGCGAGCAGGAGAAGGUUACUUUCAACCCCAACGUGGUGUACAUAACACUUAGAUCAAAACGGAUAAAACCGGCCAACAUCAGGGGAACAGUGAGACCCAAACUCAGGAAGAAGUGGAAGGCUAAACGCACACAACCUGUGCAGGACAGUGAUCCCAGCCUAUUCACUAGUCAGGACAAUGAACCAAUAGACCAAAGAUUGGGGGGAACGGAGAACUCAGUACUUUUACCUCUCGCCAGGGCUAAGGUGGAACCUAGGUUGAAAAGUUCAAAAAGUACAAGGGAGAGGAAAUCCAACCAAGCAGGAAAUCCAAACACUGGGAGCAAUAUUCGGAUUUACAGCGAGAGCGCUCCUUUCUGGUUCAGUAAGGAGGACAUCAAUGCCAUGCGUUUCUUGGCCGAUUCCAGUAUCGCUCAGAUUCACAAGGUCCCCCAAACUGGACGCCGACCUCUGUUUUUAUUUGAAGGUGUCGGCGGAGAUCAGCACCUACUUAACCGGCGAGAGGGCAAUCCCGGUCCCCGGGACUUGUCAAAAUCGGCCGGCUGCCGACAGCGGUGCGGAGUUCUCAAGAGACCAGUGGAUGUCAGCGAAGUGUUUGCAUUCCAUCUGGACCGCAUCUUGGGGUUGAACAGGAGUCUGCCCGCUGUGGCCAGAAGGGUUCAUUUUGUUAAAGAUGGCUUACCUCGCCCUGUUAUUCUCUGGGAUGGUUCCUUGCUAAUGGCCGAUAAUGAUACUCAGUCUACAGUCAAACUGGAUUGGAUGUCUUACCAGCAAUUACUAAAAUGGAAGUGUUGGGUCCAUGGCAAAGUUCCUAAGCCAGAUUGGAGGUGUACAGGUAUUCACCACUAUGAAUGGUGCAAGCUAGCUCUUUUCGAUUUUCUACUGCAGGUGUAUAAUCGACUUGAUCGAAAUUGCUGUGGAUUCCGACCCAGAAAGGAGGAUACUUGUGCUCAAAAUGGCUUGAAAAUGAAAUGUGACAAUCAAGACAACAUCAGCUUGUUUCACAUAUUAUACAGAGAUCGCGAUCCACGACAUUUGGUCUUCAUAGACAAUAAAGGCUAUUUUGACAGAAAUGAGGAUAACUUAAAUUUUAAAGUACUAGAAGGAAUAACUGAAUUUCCAGAAUCUGCUAUAUCUAUCCUGAAGAAUGGACUUCUCCGAGAGAGGCUUCUUCAGUCUUUAUUCCUUGACAAGCUUUAUUGGGAGAGCCAGGGUGGUCGCAGAGGAAUUGAGAAGCUGAUUGAUGUGAUUGAGAGGAGGGCAACGAUUUUUCUUACUUAUAUUAAUGCACAUGGUUUCAAGGUGCUACCAAUGAAUGAGUAAUUGUUUGCACUAUUGAUUAGUAUCUGUGAAACUUCAACUAUUGACAAAAGAGGUUAAUUCCUCAAGGCUUUAUUCCUGAUGGCAAUUUUGUGUACUAAUUUCCUCACAUAUAAACUAUACUAUAGAUGUACUUUUAGUUAAUAAAAGGUAAGGCAAAUAAGUAAAAUGCAGGACAGUUGUCAGUAACAAAAAAAAGAUAUUUCCAGCUAAAGUACUUAAAGAACAGUAAUUCUGGAUAGAGCACUUUUUGUAUGAAUUACUUCACCAGUAGAUACCGACUAAUCAAAGAUUUAUCAAAGUUUGAUUAGUUUUUAAGAAGUCAUUUUUUGCCUGUCUGAGAACAUGUGAACUUUUAUGUUAAGCAAGGAUACUUUUAAAUGUCUGUAUCUUGUAAUUUACCAAGAAACUGACUACUGUACUCCAAUGUAACUUGUGAAUGUUUCUGCAGAGUUUUCUCAAAAGCUAUUUUCUGUAAUAUAAAAUGAAGUAACUCAUGUAUUGGACCAGCCUUUUAUUAA